AUGCGGCUCCCGGACCUUAGACCCAACCCCGCCCUGCGCCCCGACCCGUCCCCAGGCCCCAAACCCCACCCACAUGCCCCAAACGCCACCCACAUAUACCCUGACCUACCCCUAACCUCAAACCCCACCCACAUACACCCUGACCCACCCCCAGGCCCCAAAUCCCACCCACAUACACCCUGA